AUGUCCUUCCGCAAAGUGGUCCGGCAGAGCAAAUUCCGGCAUGUGUUCGGGCAGCCGGUCAAGAACGACCAGUGCUAUGAGGACAUUCGCGUGUCCCGUGUUACCUGGGACAGCACCUUCUGCGCCGUCAACCCCAAGUUCCUGGCGGUGAUUGUGGAGGCCAGUGGAGGGGGUGCCUUUCUGGUGCUCCCCCUAAGCAAGACGGGCCGCAUUGACAAGGCCUACCCGACGGUGUGUGGGCACACAGGACCUGUCCUGGACAUCGAUUGGUGUCCUCACAACGACGAAGUCAUAGCCAGCGGCUCGGAGGACUGCACGGUCAUGGUGUGGCAGAUCCCAGAGAACGGGCUGACCUCCCCGCUGACAGAGCCGGUGGUGGUACUGGAGGGGCACACCAAGCGAGUGGGCAUCAUCACCUGGCACCCCACGGCCCGAAACGUGCUGCUCAGUGCAGGCUGCGACAACGUGGUACUCAUCUGGAAUGUGGGCACAGCGGAGGAGCUGUACCGCCUGGACAGCCUGCACCCUGACCUCAUCUACAAUGUCAGCUGGAACCACAGUGGCAGCCUGUUUUGCUCAGCAUGCAAGGACAAGAGUGUGCGCAUCAUCGACCCCCGUCGGGGCACCCUGGUGGCAGAGCGGGAGAAGGCUCAUGAGGGGGCCCGGCCCAUGCGGGCCAUCUUCCUGGCAGAUGGCAAGGUGUUCACCACAGGCUUCAGCCGAAUGAGCGAGCGGCAGCUGGCACUCUGGGACCCAGAAAACCUCGAGGAACCCAUGGCCCUGCAGGAACUGGACUCGAGCAACGGGGCCCUGCUGCCCUUCUACGACCCCGACACCAGUGUGGUCUACGUCUGCGGCAAGGGUGACUCCAGCAUCCGGUACUUUGAGAUCACAGAGGAGCCUCCCUACAUCCACUUCCUGAACACGUUCACCAGCAAGGAGCCGCAGCGGGGUAUGGGCAGCAUGCCCAAGCGGGGCCUGGAGGUCAGCAAGUGCGAGAUCGCCCGGUUCUACAAACUGCAUGAGCGCAAGUGUGAGCCCAUCGUCAUGACUGUGCCAAGAAAGUCGGACCUCUUCCAGGAUGAUCUGUACCCCGACACAGCCGGGCCCGAGGCAGCCCUGGAGGCUGAGGAGUGGGUGAGCGGGCGGGAUGCCGACCCGAUCCUCAUCUCACUGAGGGAGGCCUACGUGCCCAGCAAGCAGCGGGACCUGAAGAUCAGCCGGCGCAACGUGUUGUCUGACAGCCGGCCCGCCAUGGCCCCGGGCUCCUCCCACCUAGGGGCCCCCGCCUCCACCACCACUGCUGCUGAUGCCACCCCCAGCGGCAGCCUGGCCAGAGCCGGGGAGGCUGGGAAGCUGGAGGAGGUGAUGCAGGAGCUGCGGGCCCUGAGGGCGCUGGUCAAGGAGCAGGGCGACCGCAUCUGUCGCCUGGAGGAGCAGCUGGGCCGCAUGGAGAACGGGGAUGCGUAGGGCCACAGCCACACGCCACCUUCAUCUCCUCCUCCGCCCCCUUCCCACUCAGCUUCUGCCAGUGGGUCGCACUGGGCUAGCUGGCUGCCCAGAGCCUCUGAGGCAGCGCAGAGGUCAGUUCCCACCCCCACCCGUCCCAGGCCCAGGCCGAAGCCAGCGCCCAGCUUUCCUCACUGUUCCUGUGGAGGAUGUCUACGCCCAGGCGAGCUCCUCGACCUCUGAGGGACCAUCUCCCCGACCACUGCCCAGCCCUCUGCUCCCUCCCCAGAGGAGGCGGGAGGGUGGGCUCUAUAUUUUCAUUCCAAAUAAAAUUCUCUUUCUAAAA